AUGAAGUUCAUAAACACCUGCCUGCUGAUGGCAGCUUCGGCCGCGGCCCAGACUACCGCCCCAGCCCCGACAGCAACCUCCGGCUCCGGAUCCCUCCCGUCUGUGACCCUCGACUACUGCACCGUCGUCGCCACCGCCGGUAACGAGUCCGUCGGCUACUACAAGUACCAAAACAUCCGCUACGCCGCCGUUCCCACCGGCGACCUUCGAUGGGCCAAGCCUCAAGCGCCCCCCGUCGAGACGGAAGUCAACACUGGUGACCUGGCCUCGGCCGAUGUCGCCUGCAGCUCCGCCGAGGACUGCCUUUACGUCGAUGUCUGGGCUCCCGCCGAUGCUGCGGGCAAGAACCUCCCCGUGAUGGUGUGGACCUACGGUGGUGGCUUCACUGGCGGAAGCAAGUCCGAGAACACUCCGGAGGGUCUCUUUGACCUUUCCACCGACUUCGUCUACGUCGCGUACAACUAUCGCCUCGGUAUGACUGGCCUUGCCAAUGGCCCUACCUUCUUGCACGAGGGUGGUACCUCCAACACCGCCAUCUGGGACGUCACUGCCGCUUUCGAGUGGACCAAGAAGUACAUUAGCAACUUUGGCGGUAACCCCGACGAUGUCACCGCCGUGGGCUUCUCUGCCGGUGGCUCCCAGACUCUCUUCCAGAUGACUCGCUUCGCCGGCCACGCCGAACAGCUCUACAACCGCGCCUACGUCAUGUCCCCCGGCUUCGUCCCCGGCGCCGGCCACCAGCACGCCGAAGCCUUCUGGCAAAACGUCUCCACCGAGGCCGGCUGCUCCGGCGGCAGCCUCGAGUGCAUGCGCUCCAUCGACUUCGACACCCUCAACACGGCAGCCACCACGGUCCAGGACGCCUACGACUACCAAUUCCAGCCCCGCGUCGACGGCGACAUCAUCGCCGACACCUACGAGGCCCAGUUCUACCAGCGCCGCUUCAACUUCUCCGGCCCCGUCGUCAUCACCCACGAACAGCACGAGGCCAACGGCCAGGCCUACGACGGUGUGAACACCACCGAGGAUGUUGCCGCUUACCUCCGCAUCUUCUUCCCCGCCAUCAACGAUGCCGUUGUUGACGAGAUUCUGUCGCUUUACCCCGAGGAUGAUUACACCUCCCCUGGUCUGCGCUUCUCCGACAUGAAGCAGCACUUUGACUUGACUGCCCACAACCUGGCCCUGACCCACGCCAUGAACAAUCAGACCUGGAACGCCAUGGUUGCCCUUGACCAGGCCACUCACGGCACUGACCAGAGCUACUACUGGUACAGCACCUACUCCCUAUCCGACUCCACCUCCAGCACCGGCACCACCACAUCCAACUCGACCGCUACCUCCGCCGCCGCCUCCACCACAGCUUCCUCCAGCGCCGGUGGUCCUCCCUCCGGUGGUGCCGGCGGACCUGGCGGUGGCUCUAGCUCCGUCAAUGCCACCGUCGCCGUCAUGAUGCAGAAGUACCUCAUGUCUUUCGUCCUGACCGGCAACCCCAACACCAUGUGGCCCGAGGACAAGAUUGAGUGGCCCCAGUACGGCAACAGCUCUGCUGCCGGCACCCAGCUCGUCUUCAACACCACCUUCUACCUUGAGGAGGACGACCUGGCGAAUGCCCAGGCCAAGUUCUGGAACAAGGCUCUUUGGUACUGA